AUGUUUUCUGAUGAGUCUUUAGGAGUCAGGACUGCUGAAGACAUCAAGACUAAAAUCAAGAACUACGAAACUGCCUCCUUUGACAGCCGCUUCCCAAACCAGAGCCAGACUGAGAACUGCUGGCAGAAGGACCUGGACAUCCCCCACUGUGAGAAGGCAAUGAAAGCCAAGGGGGGUGUUGUCUUCGUGUGUGAGUGGUAUCGGUGCGUGUACAAGUCCCUCUGCCCGGUGUCAUGGGUCUCAGCCUGGGAUGACUGCAUAGCAGAAGGCACAUUUCCUGGGAAGAUCUGACCUGGC